AAGUCUCACGGAAAUAGUUCCGUACUACAAUAGCAUACUACAUACCAUUGAAAUUCAGUGGUGUUCUGCAAUGUACUACAAUGGAUUGCAUUGAAAACACCCAAAGCUUUAAAGCUCAUUCUGUCAAAAUCAUAUGUUUUCGCUGCCAGCUGUCAAAAUAAAAAAUAAAUAAAUUUAUCAGUUGUGGCGGUAAGAGAAAAAAUAUGGAGAAAGUCCAAAAAAAAUAUAUUGGGAAUGCCGCAAUAAGAAAUAUAAUUGAAGUGUGGGCACAAUUUAAUUCCCAACUGCGUGGAGUUCACAAAAAUAGCCACAUUUACUCAGCAAUGAGCACGCAACUUGUAAAUGAACACGGUGUUCUCCUAGCGCCAGCCGAGCUGCGAAAUCGAAUUAAUAAUUUAACAAAGAAGUACAGACAGGAACGGAAGGCUGUGGGCCCAAGCGGAGGAGCUCCGUCUAAUUGGGAAUUCUACGACGACAUACACAAAAUAAUUGGCAGCUAUAAAUCAAAUUUCACACACGAACUGGCCGACGAAAGCAUUGAAAAUGUUUCGGAUCCAUUAAACACAUCGAUGGCGGCAUCUUCAUUGUCAAAUGAAAGUGGACCUGAAGAAGCACCAUCAACUUCGUCGGCUGCAAUAAAGAGAAAGAGGAAUAGUGAUGAAGAUUAUCUCGAACUCGCUAAAAAAGAGCAAAAGAUGAUGGAAGCUUAUUUCAAUAAAUCUUUAGAAAAUGAGGAAAAGGCCCUCAAAUUGAUGGAGCAAACCAACGCCGUUCUUUUGGCUAUGUUAAAUAAACAAAUGUAAAUGAAAAAAAUAUCAAUUCUUUGUGAAAAUUACAAAUAAUAUUUACCGUGGAUAAAAUGUGUCAUAAUUGCCUGUCGAAUUUCAAUUCCGCAAAUGAUUUCUUGUCUGUCUAUGUGUGCUCUAUGAGGUUGCCUUCCGCUAUUUCCAGCGUUUGCUUGUUGAAUCCAUUGCAGAUUGACAGUGUCAUUUCUAUUGUUGCAUAUGUUAUGAAUAAUGCAACAAGAUUUUAUAACAAGGUUAACAUUUUUUAAAUUAACUUCCAGACCUCGACCAAUUUGUCUGAAGCGAGCCUUUAAAUGUCCGAAAGCAUUUUCCACAACUCUUCGGCACGAUGAA